GUGACAUCUUGAUUUUAGGUUUCUUUGUAGUCCCACUGUUACGCGCCUGGCCCUCCCGCGCGGUCCUCUGCCCUCCUCAGUCCCUGAACCUUUUUCCCGCUCGUUUUUUUGACGUCUUCCCGUCGUGUUCUUCCUGUCUUUUUUGUCUUUUUUCCUUCAUCACCUCAUCCGUCCACAAGCAACCCACUCCCCUCUGAUUCAUUCCAAAAGACGAGUCUGUCUCACUGCUGAUCAUGGCCACAAGCGGGAUGGAGGAUCAGUGUAACGGUCAUCCCAACGGUCAUCCCAACAACCACAUGCGGAGUACCAGUACCAGUGCCAACAGCACGACUACAACCACCGUCAAAGACGCCCACGGACUGAAGGCACAACCAAAAUCCGUUCAGUUCCAAAAUCCGCCCUCGACGACUACCUUCUACACCACUACAUACAAGUCGACUUAUACCUCAUCAACAUGCUGGAAGAGCUCCCCGACAUCGACAUCAUGGACACCCACUGAAGUUAUUGUCCACAGCACAGUGCUGGUCUUGAUUCUGCUCCAUAUCUUGGUGGCGCCUUUUACAAAGGUCGAGGAGAGUUUUAACCUGCAGGCAGCACACGAUAUCCUCUCAUUUGGAGUCUCAAGCGAAAAUAUCAAGCAGUAUGAUCACCUAGAAUUCCCUGGAGUGGUUCCCAGGACAUUUGUGGGACCUUUAUUGCUGGCAGCCGGAAGUUGGCCCAUCAUGGCAAUCGCGCGUCUUCUCGGACUGGGAUCAGAGCUUCCCAAGGGACUUCUCGGCCAGAUCAUUGUCCGCACUGUGCUGGGGGUGUUCACAUUCCUGGGAUGGCAUCAGAUGAGCCGCGGGGUCCGACACCAGUUUGGAAGGACGACUGGUCUCUUGUUUAUGAUCGUCUCGGGUGUGCAGUUCCACUGGCUGUUCUAUGCUGGUAGAACCUUGCCCAAUACGUUUGCACUGAUUCUUGUGAAUGUGGCAUAUUCGUACUGGAUGCAGGCCUCGUCUCAGACCUCGCGCUUCGUCACUGCACAACGGUUGUUACGGAUGAUCGACUGUCUUGUCUUGAGCACCGUUCUAUUCCGCUCCGAGAUUUUGCUCCUCAUGGGGCCUAUCAUCCUCCUGGAGCUGGCCAUGACGCGCAUCCGAUUAUGGGAGACAGUGCUGGAGGGCAUCAAGGCCGGUGUUGUCAGUCUGGCCAUUGCCGUUGCCAUCGACUCUUGGUUCUGGAAGCAAUGGAUGUGGGCUGAGGGAGCCGUCUUCUGGUUCAAUGCUGUGGAGGGCAAGUCGGUGGCGUGGGGCGUUUCCCCCUGGUAUACGUAUUUCACGACAUUGUUGCCAAAGAUUUCGGGAUUGGCGCUGCCGUUGGCAUUGGGAGCGGUAGUGAUUGAGCCGAGGUUCCGAAGAUAUAUGUUACCGGCGGGAAUCUUUGUAGGACUGUAUUCGUUCUUGGGGCAUAAGGAAUGGCGAUUCGUGAUAUAUGUCGUGCCGAUCCUGAACUUGGGUGCUGCCGUUACACUUUCGUGGAUUGUCAAGCGCAAGACACUGGCGUAUCGAUUGUUGACGGUCGUUCUGUUCGGAGCACUUGGAUUGAGUUUCCUGUCGAGUGUGGCGCAGUCGCUAAUUUCGAGCCUUAAUUACCCUGGUGGACAGGCCUUGCAGCGUCUCCAUGAGCUGGAGCUGCCUCAUUUUCAUGCAGUAGCGACCGUUCACAUUGAUGGAGCAGCUGCCGAGACUGGAUGCAGUCGUUUUGGAGAAAUCGGAGCUAUGGCUACACCGGAACGUCGUUAUCCAUGGACAUAUUCCAAGGAUGAAUCGCAUAAGAAACGAAAGGACUAUGUACAGUACACGCAUUUGCUGACAGCGACACCGGAGUUGCAUAGGCACGAUUUUGAGAUUCUGGAGCAGGUGGAUGGAUAUGCGGGCAUGCAGCGUGUGCCAUUGUCACAGAUCCGAGAGACGUGUCCGAGGGCUGUGGAGAGGUUUUCGGAAAGAUUGAGGAAGGCUUCGUUUGUGGACGCGGUGACAAAGAAGGAAUUGGGAAAGGUUUGGGCAGGGUGCAGUCCGUUGCAGGUUAGGAUGGAGGGUCGAAUAUGGAUUAUGCGAAGAUUUGGUGCUGCGGGCCCUGAUGGGAUGAAAUGGACGUAAAAGAAUAGAGUGC